AUGAAUGAUUUGGUCAAAUCUAACAUUUUCGUUUGCUCCUGGCUAUUGAAAGCGUUGAAUGAGGUCAAAGAUGAAACAGUUUCAAAAAUACCAAAGUUCAACAGAACUCCCCGGGUUAUGAAAGUUUUGCGGUUAAUCACGGUUUCUAGAGAUCUAAUAAGGCUAAUCAUAUGUGAUUCUGCAAAUUCGAUUCUAGCGGAGGUAUCAGCCGAUGCCAUAGCUGAGAUUGAGUACAACGAAAGACAAAGGUUCUCCAAGGGUAUAAUGAAUACUGAAAUCUUAGUAGUGGAGUCCUCUCUUGUGUUUACUUCACUGCACCAACUGAUGCCCUGGUACGGUUCUUACUUGCCCCCACGUAUAACAAAAACCAACGGUGAAGAUUACUAUAUUUCGAAGUAUGCAGUACUGGAAAUCACAAAGCUCUCCAUUUUCAAUCGGGAUCAGGUGAAGGAAUUGGUUGAUAUCCCCCUAGUUUAUCUAGAAAAAAGCUACUCUUGGCCAAAGCUGGUGACUUCGCAUGUUGAUGAUGAACCGACAUUUUGCUCAGAUUAG